AUGGAGUCGCCAGUCAACCCGGUUGCCGCCGUUCCACAUACCGGAGCAGCAAAGUCAUCGAGCUCUUCUGGCCAUGAUCAAGAAGAACGGUUCAACAAAAUCUGCGAGGCGGUUCGCAUCAUACUAGAAUGUGUCGGCGAAAACCCGGACCGAGCCGGACUUGUCGAAACACCCCGGAGAUACGCAAAAGCCCUGAUGCAUUUCACGAAAGGUUACACGCAAGUCAUCGGAGAUAUCGUCAAUGAUGCUGUUUUUGACGAGAAUCAUCACGAGAUGGUGAUUGUUAAGGACAUUGAAAUCUUCAGCAUGUGUGAGCAUCAUCUGGUGCCGUUCCUGGGGAGGAUGCACAUCGCAUAUGUACCAAAUCGCGUUGUCAUCGGGCUUUCGAAACUGCCGCGGAUUGCCGAGAUGUUCAGUCGGCGUCUUCAGAUACAAGAGCGUCUGACCAAGCAAGUGGCCAAAGCCGUGAUGGAUGUGGUGAGCCCCAGAGGGGUGGCCGUGGUAAUGGAAUCUACCCACCUUUGUAUGGCCAUGCGAGGUGUCGAGAAAUCGACGGCCAUGACCGUCACGAGCUCAGUUUUAGGUUCCUUCGCGAACGAUGAGAUACUAAGGAAGGAGUUCUUUGAGCUGGUUGGCAUAGGCAGCAAAUAA